AUGCGUCUGCGUCUCAGCUACCGCCCUGUCAAGCAUAUCCCACCCCCCGUCCUUUGUCUUCUUCGUCCUGCUCGUGCGCCGUCGCCCCUGCCGUUGCAGACGCACUGCUGGACGCCAUCGUGGACCUCUGCCACUGCCCCUGCCGCUCUCACUUGUCGGAAUCGCUCUCGUAUCCCGCCCGCUCGCAAGCUUCUCGACGAAUACCCUCGGCUGCUGGACCUUGAAGGAUCCCCAGCCCCUUUCCUUAUUGCCCUGGUCCUUGACCUCGAUACGCCGGGUACCACCACCAUGCUGCUGCCCGCCUGCGCUGCCCGCACCGCCCGCAUCGCCUACACCGCCUGCGCCACUUGCACCACCAUCAUCAUCAUCCCCACGGACCCCACCUCCUCCUCCUCCUGGCCCUGCCAUCAACGCCGUACGCUCAUGCGUAAGCGGCACCUGCACGCUAACGAAGCUUUGAUCUGCGCCUUCGCCCUCUGCCCUUGUGACCCUGUCCGUCGAGUCGCUAACCCGACGAUUCUCCCUACCACGCCCCACCCUCGUCCCGACCGCGCACUCAGAGUCCCUCCUCCCCCCUGCCUCCCCUGCCUGCCCUAUCUCGACAUCACCGGCCAUGGCCGACACUUCACCGGGUACAGCUGUACCCGCAGCGUCACCUUCGCGCGGAACUCGCUUCCGCGUUGCACCACGUGGCCUGAUACCGUUCACGAGUACACCAUCGUCCACUGA